UCUAUUGGAAUUGGGGUUCUGACCAUGGUUAUAAUCUACUGCUUGAGAAGAAAGUUUCGUUAUUUUUGGAAGACGGAAAGUGUAUCACAUCAAAAUAUCGAGGACUUUCUAAGAAGUUUUGGACCUCUUGCUAUAAGAAGAUAUAGUUAUUCAGAUAUCAAGAAAAUGACCAAAUUUUUCAAAGAAAAAUUAGGCCAAGGAGGCUAUGGCGGUGUCUACAAGGGCAAGCUACAAGAUGGCUGUCUUGUGGCAGUGAAGGUAUUGAAAGAAUCAAGAGCAAAUGGAGAGGAUUUCAUUAACGAGGUUGCAAGUAUUAGCAGGACCUCCCAUGUCAAUAUUGUCACACUUAUGGGCUUUUGUUUUGAGGGUUCCAAACGAGCACUCAUAUAUGAGUUUAUGCCUAAUGGCUCCCUUGAGAAGUUUAUAUACAAAAAAUAUUCUUCAAAGGAUGACUAUCAAUUGGACUGGGAAACAUUGUACAAGAUUGCAGUUGGGAUAGCUCGAGGACUGGAGUACUUGCAUAGAGGUUGCAAUGCGCGAAUAUUGCAUUUUGAUAUAAAACCUCACAACAUUCUUUUAGACAAGAACUACAAUCCAAAGAUAUCUGAUUUUGGCCUUGCAAAGAUAUGUUCAAGAGAAGAGAGUAUUAUAUCAUUGUUAGGCACAAGAGGGACUGCAGGAUAUAUAGCUCCAGAAGUAUUUAGUAGAAAUUUUGGAGGGGUCUCUCACAAGUCUGAUGUUUAUAGUUAUGGAAUGAUGGUUUUAGAAAUGGUUGGAGGUAGAAAGAAUAUAGAUGCUGAGGUCGAUUGUACUAGUGAAAUAUACUUUCCUCAUUGGGUUUACAAGCGUCUUGAACUAGGUGAAGAACUAAGCCUGCAGGGCCUCGAGAUGAAUGAAGAGGAUCGUGAAUUUGCAAAAAAGAUGAUAAUUGUGAGUUUGUGGUGCAUACAAACCGACCCGUCAAACCGGCCAGCAAUGGGAAGAGUUGUGGAUAUGUUAGAAGGGAGUUCUGAGUACUUGCAAAUUCCACCCAAGCCUUUCUUGUGCUCCCCAUCAAGAUCACCUCGGACAAAAUUUCCAUUUGAUUCUUCCACAACAAUAGAUGUCAUACAGGUUGAAUCUAUAGGAUGUUCCUAGAGAAUGAUAUUUUCUUUGAAACUGAAAUCUCAAUGUAGGGCAGUCAUCCAUUACAUGAUGAGAUUUUGAAUGUCUUGACUUACAUAAUCAUAAUCCUUGGAUGCUUUUC